AUGGAGGAUUUAAAUUCUGAAGAUUUGUGCGUCAUAGAGCCGAAUGCCGAAGCUGCUGAUGUCAUUCUGUUGAGGCGGAGGCGUGUUUCAUGUGGCAUAAUCAUUGUUGCCACGGUUUCAUGGCUUUUGGUUGAGCGCUCGGGGAUAUCUUUCCUUUCUCUUUCUUCAGAUGUCUUGCUGGUUUUAGUUGUUCUCUUAUUUAUCGCGGCAAACUAUGCUGUAUUUCGAAACAAACAACCUCCAACACUACCUGAACUAGUUCUAUCAGAAGAAAUGGUAAAUAAUGCUGCUGCAUCCUUACGUGUGAAAGUCAAUUACAUGCUGCUUAUGGCUCAUGACAUUACCCUUGGCAAAGAUUUCAGACUCUUUUUCAAGGUCGUGAUUGCAUUAUGGCUCUUGUCUGUGGUUGGUAGCUUAAUAUCUUUCUUCACUCUCGCUUAUAUAGGAGUCAUAAUUUUUAUCACAAUUCCGGCUUUGUACGAUAAAUUUAGAGAUAUUAUUGAUCGUUACGCUGGGAUGAUCCAUAAAAAAAUUUCCGAGCAUUACAAGAUAGUGGAUGAUAGUCUACAUAGCAGAUUGCCUAGGCCUCUGAUGAAAGACAAGGAUCCUUGA